GCCUGUGACAACGUUCACAUAAAUACAGAGACUAAGUAUUAGAAUGGCAUAAAAUAUGGCCCAGUUCUACUACAAAAGAAGUGUCAAUGCUCCCUACAGAGAUCGCAUUCCUCUUCGUAUCGUACGAGCAGAGUCAGAACUCUCCCAUUCAGAGAAAGCCUACCUGAAUGCCGUGGAGAAAGGAGAUUAUGCCAGUGUGAAGAAAGCUUUAGAAGAAGCAGAAAUUUAUUUCAAGAUCAAUAUUAACUGCAUUGAUCCUUUGGGAAGAACUGCACUCCUGAUUGCUAUUGAAAAUGAGAACCUUGAGCUCAUUGAGCUGCUCCUAAGCUUUAAUGUGUAUGUGGGAGAUGCCCUGUUGCAUGCCAUAAGGAAGGAAGUAGUUGGUGCCGUGGAGCUGCUGCUAAACCACAAGAAGCCCAGUGGGGAGAAACAGGUGCCGCCAAUCCUUCUGGACAAGCAGUUCUCUGAAUUUACACCAGAUAUCACUCCCAUUAUUCUGGCUGCCCACACAAACAACUAUGAAAUCAUCAAGCUCCUUGUGCAGAAAGGGGUCUCCGUGCCCCGGCCCCACGAGGUCCGCUGCAACUGCGUCGAAUGUGUCUCAAGUUCAGAUGUGGACAGCCUCCGCCACUCUCGAUCCAGGCUCAAUAUCUAUAAGGCCCUGGCAAGCCCAUCCCUGAUUGCUUUGUCCAGCGAGGAUCCUUUCCUUACUGCUUUCCAGCUGAGCUGGGAGCUGCAGGAACUGAGUAAAGUGGAAAAUGAAUUUAAGUCGGAGUAUGAGGAACUGUCGCGGCAAUGCAAGCAAUUUGCAAAAGAUCUUCUGGAUCAGACACGGAGUUCCAGGGAAUUGGAAAUUAUUCUUAAUUACAGAGAUGAUAAUAGCUUGAUAGAAGAACAAAGUGGUAAUGAUCUUGCAAGAUUGAAACUGGCAAUUAAGUACCGUCAAAAAGAGUUUGUUGCCCAGCCCAACUGCCAGCAGCUGCUUGCGUCCCGCUGGUAUGAUGAGUUCCCUGGAUGGAGGAGGCGACACUGGGCCGUGAAGAUGAUGACAUGUGUUGUGAUAGGACUCCUUUUCCCAGUCUUUUCUGUGUGCUACCUGAUAGCUCCCAAAAGCCCAUUAGGGCUGUUCAUCAGAAAGCCAUUUAUCAAAUUUAUCUGCCAUACUGCAUCCUACUUGACUUUUCUGUUCCUGCUGUUGCUUGCCUCUCAGCAUAUUGACAGAUCUGACUUGAACAUGCAAGGACCACCACCAACCAUCGUCGAGUGGAUGAUAUUACCGUGGGUCCUGGGUUUUAUCUGGGGUGAAAUUAAACAGAUGUGGGAUGGUGGACUUCAGGACUACAUUCAUGAUUGGUGGAACCUCAUGGACUUUGUAAUGAACUCCUUAUACUUAGCAACAAUCUCCUUGAAAAUUGUUGCAUUUUCAAAGUAUAGCGGGUUGGUUCCACGAGAGAGCUGGGACAUGUGGCAUCCAACACUGGUGGCUGAGGCACUGUUUGCAAUUGCAAACAUCUUUAGCUCCCUACGCUUGAUCUCAUUAUUCACUGCAAAUUCUCACCUGGGACCUCUGCAAAUAUCUCUGGGAAGAAUGUUGCUGGACAUUUUGAAGUUUCUCUUCAUAUAUUGCCUUGUGCUGCUAGCUUUUGCAAAUGGGUUGAACCAGCUGUACUUUUACUAUGAGACAAAUGAACCUGACAGCUGCAAAGGAAUACGAUGUGAUAAGCAGAAUAAUGCAUUUUCAACGUUAUUUGAAACACUGCAGUCAUUAUUCUGGUCUAUAUUUGGACUUAUCAAUCUGUAUGUGACCAAUGUGAAAGCAAGGCAUGAAUUUACUGAAUUUGUUGGGGCCACUAUGUUUGGUACCUAUAAUGUAAUCUCUCUGGUUGUUCUACUCAACAUGCUAAUAGCCAUGAUGAAUAACUCUUAUCAGCUUAUUGCUGAUCAUGCAGACAUUGAGUGGAAGUUUGCUCGAACAAAACUCUGGAUGAGUUACUUUGAAGAAGGAGGGACUCUGCCUACUCCUUUCAAUGUCAUACCAAGCCCAAAAUCCCUCUGGUAUCUGAUCAAAUGGUUAUGGAGACAUCUGUGCAAGAAAAAAAUAAGAAGAAAACCUGAGAGUUUUGGAACUAUAGGGAGGCGUGCAGCUGACAAUCUAAGAAGACAUCAUCAAUAUCAGGAAGUUAUGAGAAAUCUGGUUAAGCGAUAUGUUGCAGCAAUGAUAAGAGAUGCCAAAACUGAAGAGGGCUUGACGGAAGAAAAUUUUAAGGAAUUAAAACAAGAUAUUUCCAGCUUUCGUUUUGAAGUCCUGGGUUUGUUAAAAGGAAGCAAGCUAUCUAAUUUGCAGAACUCAAAGAUGAACAAAGAAGCUGCUUCUUUGUCAGAGACUGAAGAAAAGUGUGAGAAUGAGGGGAACAAGAAAGGAAAGAAAAAACCCUUCAGCCUUUUUGACAUAACAACGAUGAUUCACCCAGGAUCAGCCACCCUUGCCUCUGAAGCACAUAAUGUAAGCAAUGGCUCAGCAAUGAUGGUGUCAGAGUCCACUAAGGAGAAACAAAAGCGAGUGAAUUUUGUAACAGACAUAAAAAAUUUGGGCUUAUUUCACAGACGAUCAAAAACAAACUCUGUGGAACAGAGUGCAAAUAAAAUAUAUACCGUUUCUGAAGAAGUCUCCCGUCAACAGGCAGAAGAACAAUGUGAGAAAACUGCUGAACUGGAAGAUGAAGAACUAACCAUGAACUGUGAAUUAAGCAUCCAAAGUCCUGAUGGAAAGGGCAUGUUAGCUGAGUCACAAAAUAAUAGUGACUCUUCAGAUUCACAGGAUGAGGGAAGUGUUUGUGCUUCAGAAACUGAGAAAAUGGAGUUACAAAGCUCAGAACCAGCAACAUCACAGGAUCAGCUGGACAAGGAGCUAGAUAUUAAUGUUGACUGUGAUGAGAAACAUGAAACAAUUGAUCAGGGUGACUAUGUGAUAACAAGGUUGUGACGCAUAUUGUAGGAAGCAUUUACAAAUAUAUAUAUUUUGCAUAGUGCUGAGGAAAAAUGUUUUAAGAAUUAUAUUAGCAAAUGCAGAAUUACACUUUAUAGUACUCAACUGUGGCACAUGAUCUUGUAAUAUAGUAGUCAAGAGAAAGGUAACAAGGGGACCUUCUGUUUUGUAGCCUGCUUUAGCUUUCACAAUUUGUUUUACAUUUUUUAAUAAAUGGAAGCAUCUUGUAUUCUUGUACUGUUGCAAUAACCCACAGAAACUUUUUAGCUAUCUUUUUCAAUUACAAAAAAUGCAAUUUCUCUCAUAUGAUAGUUGACUCCUAUGAUAAAUAUUUUUCUAUGCAAAUAAAAAGUAGCUUAAAAGACUUGUAAGCCUUUAUUUAACUUUGUAGGUUCUUAAAGAUUCUGGGCAAUGUAAUAAUCAUAAGCGGUUACUAUCAACACAAUACAUGUUAAUCUAUUAGAAACAUUUAUUUAAACUGCUAGAAACUUGAUUUGCUUCAAAAGCUGUAAAGAAUAAAACAUAAAGUAUAUUAUUUUAUUUAUUGAAGAUGAAUACCUGUAAAUUAUGAAUGAUCUCUCUAUUUGGUUAUUUAAUUACAGCUUCCCCUUGCAGCAAUAGGAUUAUGACCUUCCUGAUAAUGUUGUUAGAAAUGCAUUAUUUGCAGGAUUUGAAGACUGUAAAAAAAAAUGUUUCUUUCCUUAAAGAAAUAUUUGUGGCUUGCUAAAAAAUGAUGACGGAUUAUUCCCCAAGAAUCCG